AUGAUCACAGAGCUAUCGAGUCUCUCCCUUUUCCUUGCCACCCCAGCCCAGCGACUAGAGUCCUAUCGCCGUACAGCAGUCGCAUGGAGUCGUGGUUUGACUGAAGCUGAAUACAUCCAGCAACAGCAAGAACAAGCUCCUACCUUUGAAUGUGCCAAAGAUCGUAAAUGGCUAGUCUGGGUUCUAGCUCCUCGAGAAGACCCCCAAACGCUCAACUUCAAAUGUGCCUGUGAAACUUACCGACGCCCUGGGUUGAUACUCGCUCCUAACACAACUACUCCUCAGGAUGUUGUAUGUUAUGGAAUAGCCUCUGUCUUUACACCAGUCGCCGAGCGCGGUAAAGGUUACGCCAAACACAUGAUGCGAUUGCUGCACUGGGUCCUCUCUUCUCCACAAGUUCUCUUACCUUCCUCUUUCCCAACGGAUCGCUGGGGAGACCCUCCCACAAGGGUAGCAGACAUUGCAGGUGAUGCGCAAAUUUCCGCUCUUUGGAGCGAUGCAGGUGAUCUAUACAGCACUUGUGGUCCGUUUGGCGAAGAACGAGGUGCCGGUUGGACAAUUCAUGAUCCUGAGUCUACCAUCUGGGACCCUAGAUGCAUCGGAAAUCUAACACCUAACCUGGAAUGGGAGUGGUUGAAUGAGGAUACAGUCCAAGAUCUCUGGGACGAAGAUGUUCGCACGAUCCGAAGCGAAUUGACUUCCUUUGGCCCCGAUCGCUUCAACGCCUACUUCACCUUCCUUCCUUCGGCGGGUGUUGAAACAUUCCAGCGAGAUAAGCUUAGAUUUCUUUGGCGUAAAGAGGGCAUCACCCAAUGGGGAGUCAGAGUGAAACGCCAGGGAUCAACGGAUUUCGCUACUUGGACAGUGGAACUUUCGGGACCUAAUCCUCGUACCCUUAUGCUUACUCGACUGAGGGCACAUCAAGAUAGCUUCCCAAUCAUAUUGUCCAGAGCCGCUGAGAUUGCCAAGAAGCACGAUUUGCAUCAGAUCGAGAUGUGGAACCUGGAUAAAUCAUUUCAGGAUCUUGCUGGCGGAAAGACGUUUGUCAGAGAUGAGCACCUUCCAGCGGUACGGUGGUAUGGGAACAACGUUGACCUUGUGUGGGUUCACAAUGAAAAAUUUUGUUGGUGCUAA